UCUGCCCUUGAACGCCUGCAGGGACAGGACAUCCACAACCUCUCUGGGCAGCCUGUUCUAGUACCUCACCACUCCCACAUUAAGCUUUGUUCCUCCUUAAAGAGGCACUGAACGAAACUUCCUGCUACAAAUCCUCAGGUGCUGCUCUUGUGAUGGCACGCGAUAAUCAUUUAGUGUUUUUUGUCCUGGUUGUGUGCCAAUGGCUGAUUGGUCUCAAGGGCCAGAAGGAGGAACCUCCUGACCAGUUGGAGUCUUACGGCUUGCCCACAGAGCCGUGGAAAGGCACUGUGUGGGAGAGGAGAGCUCCUGUGAGGGCAGCCUGGGUUGGGUCAGCAGGGCGCUUCCCGAAGGGAAUACAUCAGUCUGCAAACACAGAUGCUCCCCCAAACAAUAGGUAUAAAUCCAGCAAGCCUUUGUUUACUCCUGCAUGUUUAUUACAUAAUUUUGCAAGGUAGCGAAUAGUUCUGAGGUUACUUUAUAGUGCAGAAGAAACUUGUUUUUUUUUCCUCUUCUUUGACCAUAUUAAAUCUGCAGUAGUUAUCCUAAUUGUAAAAUAAAUACUGGCUGGGUAUUUUACUUUGUGUUUAUUAAUUUUUACUGCAGAAUAGAAUGUAUGUAAAAUAGUCUGUGCAAGAGAUGUGGUAACUGUCAUUGCCAUGAAUGUUGUGGAGGUGUUUUGCAUUUUAUACUUUGCUAAAUGGUACGUUACGUGAGGAUGAUCAUCACCGUAAGCGUUCUGUUUGUAAAUGGCAAGCAGGCAGAAAUUUUAAGUCUCAGAACAUUCUGUUACAGCCCUGGCUUCCUCAAAGUCACUCACUCUUUACCCUUUCUAACAUCUUUGCAGCUAACUUUUCUGAGCAAGUAGUUGAAAGCUUUCCAUCUGAUAUCUCUACUGGUAUAUACUAUGGAUGGGCCUGUGUUGGAAGUGGAGAUGUGCAUAAAAUGGUUUUGAGCAUAGGAUGGAAUCCAUUCUAUAAGAAUACUAAGAAAUCAGUGGAGACGCACAUUAUCCACACCUUCAAAGAAGACUUCUAUGGAGAAAUUCUUAGCAUAGCAAUUGUUGGAUAUAUUCGACCAGAAAAGAACUUUGAUUCCUUAGAUGCACUGAUUGCAGCAAUUCAGGAAGACAUUGAAGAGGCAAAAAGGCAACUAGAUUUACCAGAACAUCUUAAACUCAAAGAAGACAACUUCUUCCAUCUGCCAGGGGGCAAAAUAGUUGACAACCACUGAAAAAAAAAAAAGAGCAAACCCUUGCUGCUUUUUUUUUUUUUUUUUUUUUUUUUUUUUGCGGAGCUCUUACAUUUGCACUGUUUAUGUAGGUACCAUGUUCUCAUAUUUUUUGGGGUAAUGAGUUUGGAACCAACUCAAAACUGAGUCAUGUAAAUGGAUUAAAAGCUGUCUUAGGUCUUUAUUGAUAAAUUGUCUAUCCUAAAGUUGGGACACGUGGAACAUGACCAAAGUUAAUUAUGGCCUCUUCAGCCUUAGGAUAUGUAGAGUUCAUUUUAGAGAAGAGUGUCAGUUUUUAAGAUGGAGUUUAUUCCAACCUCUUUUCCCAAUUUUAUAUCAUUCUGACAUUGGCGUUGUAGGUAGUAACUUAGAAAAUUUUGAUACCGAGCAAAACAUUUCCUGUGGUACAGGAAGCUGAUGAUUAGCCAACAAGAACAAUUCUCCAUGGUUCUUGUUUUUUUCUAAUAUGCUGUACAGCCAUUGUAGUUGAAACUAUCAUUUCAACUGAAAUUAUUUAUUUUAACUUUAUUUGAAAUAAAGGUAGUCACUGUUGCUCACUGAGUUACUGGAAUCUGUACAGUUGAAAGUGCAUGUGACAGUGCAUGACCUCUGUAGCUUCCUUCUGAGGGAGUGUAUUGCUGAAAUUCAGGAAAUGAAUGACAAGAUGAAAGUUGGCACGCUCUGAAGUUUUAGGCUCUAAAGUCGUGGAAGUCUUGCAAAAAGACUUCUCUUCUUUGGGAAGAUCUAAGGCAGAAGAACUGCAUUUUAUUUGCUGCUGGUAGUUUUCUUAGAUGAGGAGAACCUUAGGGUUUUUCACUAUACUAACAAUAUAAUGGCUGACUUCAUGAUUAAAGUUAGUGUAAGGCACAGAAAAAUCCCAUCAACCCUCUGGGCCAAGUGUAGGUAAGAUCCAUGGCUUCGUUCACUGAGUAGUCAAUACAAAUGAAAGCCUUGGGGAACUCGUGAAGUAAUGUAUCAACAUUAUAGUAGGAAUUGGGUAUUGUUACAAGUAAUUGCACUACUCCCUACUAUGAAAUGUAUGCACAGAUAAGCAGAGGAGCUUUCUCAAGAUGAAUUGGAGUUUGAAUAGUACUACUUGAAGUACAUACUGUGAGUCCAGAUAUAAAUGUAUUUCUUUCCCUGUAGAUUUUUCUAUCCCCUUCUCGGUGAGGGGAGCUAGGUAAGUCGCCACAACUGUUUCAUCUUCAUAUUCAAUACUGGCUUGUGACAUAGCAGGAAUAUUUUCUGACAUUCAAAAUAAUUCUGUGGAUGUGUCUAAAUUGUAGUUCUGUGACAGAACUGUAAUUUGGGGGUGCGCAGUUCCUGUAAUACAACUUUAUGAAUUCACUCCUUGUCCUGGUCUGUUUGGAUACUACAUUUUGGUUGAAGGCUUAAGAGGGUUUUAACUAGAUAGCUUGCUUUGUCUUCUUUGUGGCAAGUGCUAUUACGAUGCUAGUUCCACUUCGUGUUGUUUUAACUUUCAGCCAGUAUCAGGGGAUAUUAGUAGGGAAGAGGCCUUGAGUGAAUCAAGGAGACUUGUUAGCUAUGUAGAAAUUAUACAGAAACUUGAAAUCAUUUAUAUGAAUUGUUCAUCUGUUGUGUUGAUAGCAGACAGAAGGAAUUCAGGGGGCACUCAUUUCCAUACAAGUACUUGUAGGAAUAAAAAUUUUGACCUGUGUUGCUAAGGUGGUUUACGUGCUUCUCUCCAAAGAUGCCAAGUUUUGUUGUCUGGACAUUAAACGCACAUCUGCCUUCCUCCUCAGAGAGUCUUAGGAAGAAAAUUCACUCAUCAGCAGUUAGGAAUGCUGUCUUUGGAAGAAGAGUGCAAUUGGAGUUCUGUAUAACUUGUUGGGAAUUGUAUGUAAGCCUCUGUAAAAAUUGUUGUGUAAGCGUGACAGUUGAUUUUUUUGAUUUUUUUAAAGGAGAAUAUAUUUAGGUGAAGGUUUGAGGUAUUUUUAAGUUGUAAAAUUUUGACAUUAUUACAUUUUACUAUUUCGGGGAUGAGUAAAUAAUAGCCACUCUAGUCAACAGAAUGUGCUGUCAUAUAUAUUCAAAGAAAAAAAGCAGGUAUUUAUCAUAGUACUGUAGCUGAACUCUAUAAUAGCCUCUUUAUUUUUUUCUCCAGUUAAUGUGUCUGUUGUGGAAACCUUAGUGCCUUAAGCUGGUUGUCUGAGUAAUGCAUUUCUGUAUCGGCCAAUUAAUGAUACUAUCCAAAAUUUGUUCUGGCUGUAGAACCACUGCACUGUGGAGAGAGAACAGUGAGAAAGAGAAACUUUGAAAAACAAGUGGUUUGCUCUCAACUCUCAUCUGAAGUGUGACAAGUGUUUACAACAGACUAAUAAACUGGUCUUUGUAUGUUUGUCAUCAAAUUAAAGAAAACGUUACUAGAUCCAUUUGGUUGAGUGUAUCUGUCUGUCCAUGUUAUUUAAGAUAAAAUGUUAUAUAUCAGCUGUUAAAGCUCAGUACUUAAGUCCUAGCACAGUACAAAUUUUAAGGGUUAUAUUUUUAUAUUAUAUACAAACUGUAUUUAUUUCAGUUGAUGUUACUGCACUGUACUAUUAAUAAAGGAAUUGAAAUACUCAGA